AUGUCUUCCCUAACCGCCACCGACUUUAUUCGACCCUACGUCUACGUUCCGAUGCAUACUUCGACUAAACAGCGAGGUCGAAAGCGCAGAAGGCUGGAAACGCCGGGCAGGUCGCUCGACGACGACUCAGAGCACACAGACUCGUCGUCUUCACCUUUCCCUUCCAGGGAUGAAAGCCCAAGCACUGUUAAUGGGAAUGACGAUCGAAGGAGAACACGAUCGCAGUCCCGAAUGGUCCUAACCAGCACCCAGUCGAUUCCAAAACUCAGACCGUCAAGUCGCCUAGGCUUCAAGGCGGCGAAAAGGAGAUCUAGUGUUCCCCGUGGGAUGGACAAGGACAACUCCAAAGACACAACUACCCUUGUACCCGCAAAAAGGGCGAGAGAAGAUUCUUGCGAACGUCGUCCCUCCUCGUCCAGAGUCUCCGAGCCACGUAGCGAACAGACAGACGCAGAGCCGGAAUCAAGUACACCCGCGCAGGCUCUGCGAAGGUCUACUCGCUCCAGACCGCUAGCUAGCAAGAACCUAGCACUUUCCCCGUCGUCUUCGCGGGCUACAAGUUCUACCCCAUCUCGACGAACCUCCCCAUCACCCUUUCCAUCCCCCAAGUCCAAGCCCCCCACAUCCACAUCAUUGGGCCAAUCCGAGCCAUCAUCAGUGCCGAAACCACCAAAGCAACGUAAUGACAAACCAGAGGCUACGAACGUUAAGAAGCGAUUUACUCGUUCGAGCCUGAAGGAGGAGCCUGGCCCAGCUCUUCUUUCACAGGCGCCGGCGAGAUUCAAGUCAAUUCUAGGCACUUCAAGUUCCAUUCAGAUUCCGUGGAAGCCUCUCCACCCCGCAACGAUCCGGAAUAUCGAACUUCGUCGCGAAUUCUUACAAUCAAAGGCGAAAGAAGUCGUCCCUCAACUUCCUCAAGGUCAGCCAACCAUCAUCGUCUCAACCUUCCGCCUUGCCGCGGAAAAUAAGGACUUGCUCCGCACCAAUUUGUUCAAGGACAUUGAUAAUAGAGGCUCAAAGUAA